AUGACUCGAUUAUUCAUUUUGCCAGCUAUUUUUGCCGUUUCUUCACUUUCUUUAUGGUAUAUGAUAUGUUCUGCGCCGGGUUGGCCAGAAGAAGGUUUGUUUGUUUUUUAAUCAGAAUAUUUUAAUUUUAUUCUAUGUUUUCAGAAGGAGGUGUAUUCGAAAUUCCGAAACAAUUCGAUAACUUCACAGUACUUGCCGAAAAAUUCCGUAGCUACAAAGAGGAACACUUUGGCUACAUCACCACACUUUUUAUAUGUGCCUACUUGUAUAAACAAACUUUUGCAAUUCCUGGAUCAUUUCUUUUGGUGAGUAGGUCGUUUCACGGCAUGUCAAUGUUAAUUAGCUUCCGAUGACGUUGAGAUAUCAUUCGAAAAAGUGAAAUCUUAUCAUUAAUGUUAGCGACAAAAAACUAGCUAAACACAUAUUUGUUGUAAAUAUGUUUAGAGAUAUAUUGGUUUCAAGAACAUUAAAAUACGGUAUCGUAAUUUUGUGUAAAAAUCUCACCUUUUUUAGAAUGUCAUCGCUGGAGUUGUUUACAAUUUAUGGUCCGGUUUCAUUCUUUGUUGCUGUUUGACAACUCGUUAGUUUUUUUUCCAAAAUUUCUAGAAAAAAUAAAUGUUUUCAGUUGGAUCAACAUUAUGUUACAUGUUUUCGGAGUUGUUUGGUCGAGAAUAUGUUUUUUACUAUUUUGGACAAAAAUUGACAUAUCUACAGCAAAAGGUAAAUUUUGGCUUGACGAAACUAUAUUGAUUUUAGAUCGGAUACGAAUAAAACUUCAAUAUACAUUAUUAAUUUUCAGAUUGAUGACAACUCAAAUCGAUUAUUACCAUUCCUUUUAUUUGCUCGAAUGUUUCCAAUUUCCCCUUCAUGGCUUCUAAAUAUUGUAGCACCAUUUCUCAAUAUUCCUCUACCCAUUUUUGUUGUUUCGGCAUUAGUUGGUAAGUUCUUUGUUUUCCAUCAAAAUUUGAAUUUUGUUCAAAAUAAAUUUCAGGUCUUGCGCCAUACAAUUUCAUAUGUGUUCAAGCUGGAUACAUUUUACGUGAUUUAACAUCUUGGGAUGAUGUUUUCAGCACAACAACUAUGCUGAAACUUUUCUCAUUUGCUCUUAUUCCAUUAGCUUAUGCGAUUUAUAUCCGACCACGAGCUUCUAAACAUCAAGUAAGCUCUUUUUUUCGAAAAAAAGUGUCCAAUAAAAAAGAGGGUUGAAUACUGUAACUUGACACGUGUCAAGACCAUUCUGAAAUUGUAAAUAUUUGCGUGUCGUUGGUCUUAACUACUUCAAUUUUCUGUUUACCCAAAAAUGCCCCGAUAUUUAUUUUUUGAACUCAUAAAAAGUUGGCAAGAUCUUGACCAAAUCAAUAAAUAUGAAUCUAUAUAUUUUCCAGCUUGUACCAACCGAUGAACUUUCGGACAAUGAAAAAGUCAAAAAGAUGGAGAUUGUAUAA